UUCUCUUCUUUUUUUUAUGGUUGACGUAGAUAUUAUUUGCUUAGCAAAGAAGGACACGAGUCUUCAUAUAAUACAAAUCCCCCAGACCAUUACAGAAUUGUGAAAGCAUAGAAGAAGAGUUCACUAGAAACCAUUUCCAGAGCAUAAGAUGUCCAACAGGGCAGUGAGAAAUAGAGGUCUUGGGGAGCGUCGCAUAACCGUACUUCCCUCUUCGGGAGCGAUCAUUGCAGAUCUCCGCCGUCCUUCCUUGCGUGUGACAGCUGCAAGUCGUGACCAGAUUCGGACCACAGAACGACGUUCUUCGGCAACAAUCACUACACAUCGUUCCUCGCGUGUGGUCAGUGCCGUUCGCGAGAAUUUUCAGACGACAACAACACGUCGUUCCUCGGGAGCUAUCACUUCACGAGAGUUGUCUGAGCACCGUUCCUCAAGAAGGAUCUCUUCCUCGGGAACGAUCACCACGAGUCGUCAGCAGGUCCGGACGUCGGAGACUCGUUCUUCGGGAACGGUCACUAUAAGUAGUCAAGACGUUCGGACUGAGGCACGUCGAUCUUCAUCAGGAACAAUCACUACAAGUCAUCAGGAGGUUAGGACGAGGACGACAGAGCGUCGAACGAUCACUGCAAGUCAUGAAGCGGUUCGAACGGCGGUGCGUCGCUCAUCAGGAACAAUCCCUGCACAUCGUGCCUCCAGAACGAUCACAGCAGUUCCCCACCGCCGCUCCUCUUGAGGAAGGAGACAGAUUCAAGACGCAGCGUUACAAGUUUUCUGUGUUUGAAACUUAUUUGCUUCAGUUAUUUAUCUCUAGUUAUUGUCCUUCUAUGACUUUGCUUUCGUUGUUCUGAAUAAGAGUCCCAAACAAGUGUGUAAUUUUAGGUUAUGUUCUGCUUUACCUUUUCC